AUGCCUGAGCCCCAGAAGCCAGAGACUGUACCAGGGGAGGGUCAACAGCCGUCCGAGCUGAGCGGCAUAUUCGUGGAGAGGCCGGAGAGUGUCACAGUAACAAAAGGCAAGGACGUUACAUUUGUGGCUAAAGUUGACUCCACAAACCUGACGAGGAAGCCGGCCAUGAAAUGGCUGAAGGGGAAGUGGCUGGACCUGGCCAGCAAAGCUGGCAAGCAUGUGCAGUUCAAAGAGGUCUACGACAGGAACACCAAGAUCUACACUUACGAGAUGAGCAUCAUCAAAGUAGUGGAUGGAGACGCAGGUGGCUACCGCUGCGAGGUCACCUCCAAAGACAAGUGCGACAGCUGCACAUUCGAAGUCUCCGUGCAGGGUAGGUCCGGGCUCUCACCACAGGACAACAUCUUGGAGGCGUUUAAGAGAUCCGGCGAUGCAGGCGAGGAUGCUGGUGAUCUAGACUUCAGUGCCCUGCUCAAGAAAAGGGAGAAGAAGCAAAAGGUCGUUGAAGAAGUGGAUGUGGAUGUGUGGGAAAUCCUGAAGGAGGCCAAGCCCUGUGACUAUGAGAAGAUCGCCUUUGAGUAUGGCAUCACAGACCUGAGGGGCUUGCUGAAGAGGCUGAAGAAGAUGAAGAAGGUGGAGCCCAAGAAGAGUGACGCUUUCCUGAGUAAGCUGGAGGGAGCCUACUCAGUGGACAAGGGCAAGAAGAUCCAUCUCUCAGUGGAACUGACCAACCCCGACGCUCCAAUCAAGUGGCUCAAAAACGGACAGGAGAUCAAACCAUCGGCCAAGGAAUUACCCACAAUUCCUAGCAAUAUGCCGUUACCAGUGGGUAACCAGUGGCAGCCUGGAAACCAGAGACGUUUUAAAAAAAGGUAUGUGUUUGAGAGCGUGGGCAACAAGCGGACACUCACUAUCAACAAGUGCAACCUGUCUGAUGACGCAGCGUACGAGUGCGUGGUCGGCGAGGAGAAGUGCUUCACAGAGCUUUUUGUCAAAGAGCCUCCGAUCACCAUCACCAAGCUGCUGGAUGACGUUCACACCGUGGUGGGAGAGAAGGUGGAGUUUGAGGUGGAGGUGUCCGAGGAAGGAGCCAGCGUCAAAUGGAUGAAGGAUGGAGUUGAACUGAAUAGAGAAACAGCAGGUUCAAAGUACAGGUUUAAAAAGGAUGGGAAGAGACACAUUUUGAUCAUAAACGAAGCUACUAAGGAGGAUAUUGGAAUGUAUCAUGCGUUCACCAACGGCGGGGAGUCGAAGGCAGAACUGGAGGUUGAAGAUAAGGAGCUGGAGGUUCUGCAGAGCAUCGCUGACCUGACGGUGAAGGCUGCUGAACAGGCCGUGUUCAAGUGUGAAGUGUCUGAUGAGAAAGUGACGGGUAAAUGGUUCAAGGACGGCGUGGAAGUCCAGCCCAGCGAUCGCAUCAAAAUUACACACAUUGGAAGGACCCACAAGCUGAUGAUUGAUGAAGUGAAGCCUUCAGACGCUGGAGAUUAUACGUUCGUCCCUGAUGGCUACGCGCUUUCUCUCUCUGCAAAACUCAACUUCCUGGAAAUCAAGAUUGACUAUGUUCCCAGACAAGACCCUCCCAAAAUACACCUGGACACCAGCGGCACCGGCAACAAGAACACCAUCACCGUGGUGGCUGGAAACAAGCUUCGCCUUGACGUUGAGAUCACAGGAGAGCCGGCGCCCACUGUGUGCUGGAUGAAAGGAGACGAAGUGGUGUCCGAGGCCGAGGGACGGGUCCACGUGGAGACGAGGAAAACCCUGAGCAGCUUUGUAAUUGAGGGGGCAGAGAAAAGCGAUGAGGGCCCCUACUGCAUCACCGUAACUAACCCCGCCGGAGAGGACAAGGUUGAAAUCAUUGUCAGGAUUGUGGAUGUGCCCAACCCUCCUGAGAAUGUCAAAUGCACAUCAUUUGGCGAGGACUCAGGCACGAUCACAUGGGACCCUCCAGCAUUUGACGGCGGUGUUCCCAUUAAAGGAUACCUGAUGGAGAGGAAGAAGGUCGCCUCACCCAGAUGGACCAAGCUCAACUUUGAUGUCUAUGAGUCCACCACAUAUGAGGCUAAGAAGAUGAUUGAAGGCGUUCUUUAUGAGAUGAGAGUGUUUGCAGUCAACGGCAUUGGCAUCUCUCAGCCCAGCGAAAGCUCAAAGCCCUUCAUGCCCAUUGCCCCCACCAGUGAGCCCACUCGUCUCAUGGUGGAUGAUGUGACAGACACUACCUGUGCACUCAAGUGGCGUCCUCCAGAGAAAAUCGGAGCAGGCGGCAUCGACGGCUACUUCAUCGAGUACUGCAUAGAAGGAAGUGAUCAGUGGGUGCAAGCCAACGAGGAACCAGUGGAAAAGAACCAGUACAGGGUGAAGGGUCUCCCAGUGGGGGAGAAGAUGCUGUUCAGAGUGAUGGCUGUCAACAUCGCUGGGCGCAGCCCCCCCGUCACUCUCUCCCAGGCCGUCACUAUCAGAGAGAUCAUGGAGAAUCCAAAGAUCCGCCUUCCUCGCCAUCUGAGGACCAAACUCAUCACGCUUGUGGGCGAGAAGGUGAACUUGGUCAUCCCCUUCCAGGGUAAGCCUCGCCCUGUGGUGACCUGGUACAGAGAUGGCGUCCUCCUGGAGGACAAAACCGUGGGAACCCGUACCAGUGAGGUGGACACCAUCCUCUUCAUACGCUCGGCAGAGAGAACCCACUCCGGGAUUUACACCCUCGCCGUUCAGAUUGAGAACGUGUCGGACAGCGCUGAUGUGCACAUCCAGGUUGUAGAAAAGCCCGGUCCUCCCAUUGCCGUGCAUGUCACCGACGUCUGGGGUUUCAAUGCCACGCUGGAGUGGAAGCCCCCCAAAGACGACGGCAACUGCGAGAUUAUCGGCUACACUAUUCAGAAGGCUGACAUGAAGACUAAGGAUUGGUUCACGGUGUUCGAGCACAACCGCAGGCCCAGCUGCACUGUGUCCGACCUGGUCAUGGGGAACGAGUAUUUCUUCCGAGUGUUCAGCGAAAACAUCUGUGGCCUCAGCGUCGAGCCGGGCAUCAGCAAGAACACCGCCAUCGUUACCAAAUCAGGUCUGUCCUAUAAGCCUCCACCUUUCAAAGAGAAGGAUGCGAGCCAUUCCCCCAAGUUCACAGCACGCCUGGUGGACAGAAGUGUGGUUGCAGGUUACUCUGCAGCCAUCAGCUGUUCUGUCCGUGGCUUCCCCAAGCCAAAGAUCGUUUGGAUGAAGAACAACAUGAUCAUCGGUGAAGACCCCAAGUUCCUGAUGCAGAACAACCAGGGCGUGUUGACUCUGAAUAUCCGCAAGCCAAGCACGUUUGAUGGGGGCAGAUACUCCUGCAAGGCCAUCAAUGAUCUCGGAGAAGACGAGGUGGAGUGCAGGCUGGAGGUUCGAGUUGUACAAGAGAAAGGAGUGGAGGCGAAGAAAUGAGCGACAGCACGAAACAGCAGAGGAUACAGUCGAACAGGAAUAGUAAUGGAUUAUGUAUAAUGGGAUAGUCAUGAAUAAAUAUGAUUAGAAUAGAUCCCCCCCCCCCUCCCCCUCCUCUUCCUAUACGCUUGCCUUUCACCGCUGCUGUGACGAAUGCCACAUCAGUAAUAUGCCAUAAAUUCUUACAGCAAGCUGCCACCUUGUCACAUCCUGACUGAGAGUAGUGUAGUAGCACUGCCCCGCUGUGACCACACACAGAUGGAUCCUUCUUAUCUGUGAAGUGGACCUGUCACUGAACGCACUUAUAAAACACCCUU